AUGGCAAGCUUCAAAAAGUUCCAACAGUCAUGGAUCGAGCAGCUACAACACCACCUGAACCACCUUCGCUCCGCCCAAAACCACCACCGAAACUCGGUCGCCGGUGAUGAGGACCGGCUAAGGGAGGCGGUGGAGAGAGUGAUGGAACACUAUAGAGAGUACCACAGGGCGAAGUGGGGGACGACGGAGAAAGACGUUAUCGGAGUUAUGGCUGCUCCUUGGUCCUCGGCUCUUGAACGGUCUCUCCAUUGGGUCGGUGGUUGGCGACCAACCACCUUGUUUCACUUGGUCUAUACCGAGUCUAGUAUCUUGUUCGAGUCUCGUAUUGUUGAUAUCCUCCGUGGCUUUCGUACCGGCGAUCUCAGUGAUCUAUCUCCUUCUCAGUUCAGGGUUAAAUUUGUCAAAGGCAGGACGGUGAGCGAGCUUCAAUGUGAGACGGUGAAGGAAGAGAAUGCGAUGACAGAAGAGUUAUCGGAGUGGCAAGACGACGCGAGCGAGCUCGUCAUGGGAACGGUGUCGGAUCUUGAUCAGAGGAUCCGACGACUAGCAGAGAUCGUCCAUCGAGCUGACGAUCUACGGCUGAGAACAAUCACAGGAGUGGUGGAGCUUCUAAGUCCGCUCCAACAAGCCGAGUUUCUUAUAGCUGCGGCUGAGCUUCGUACCGGCGUUUCUGGUUGGGGGACUACCCACGACCGUCGUCGAACUUCCGACGUCUAA